UCACGUAAACACAGUCUCUUCCUUGUGGCGCUCCGUUCCCUCCCGCAGCGCUUCAGAGACUUUUAGCAGCUGUCCAGGUGGUCGCGAUGGGGAAGAUAGAGUGGGCGAUGUGGGCCAAUGAACAGGCUCUAGCUUCGGGGCUCAUUCUUCUUGCUGGAGGAAUAGUAGGUGUGGCUGGCCAGUUCAGAGGCUGGGAGUUUGCUGCUUAUGCAGUUGCCGCUGGCGUGUUUGUGUGUCUGCUUGAAUAUCCAAGAGGCAAGAGGGCCAAAGGAACAAGUGUGGAAAGAACGGGCCAGUAUUGUUUCACAGUGUGCGUAAAAGCCUUCGGACCGCUGACGAGGAACUACUACGUCAGAGCAUUUUUACAUGCAGCCAUCUGUGUUCCCGGAGGUUUUAUGCUAGCAACUGUCCUUGGAUGCGUCUGCCUCGGCAUUGCCAGCCUCAUCUACCUUGCAGCAGCUAUUCGAGGUGAGCACUGGGAGCCCAUUCUUCCACGGAAAGAAGUGCGAAAGCCAGUCGCAGAGAGCAUCAAGAAUCCUCCACAGAACCCACCGCCAAGACCUCCACCAGAGAUGCGCAGGAAACAAGCGAAGGACCUUGAAUCAGCUGCCUAUGAUAACCCAAUCCCAGUUACUUCAGAUGAGUAACAGGUCCAGAACUAUGCCCUUAUUAUUCACCUUCCUCUGUCAAAAAAUGACAGUCAUUGUGGAAGCUCCCUGGAUUCAGUGACUGUAGAUGAAAAAAGUUUUCAGAAGUUUGUUGAUGCCUCUGAGCGGGCAGAGCCUUCCUACGUCACGGAUUACUGGAACUAUAGUUCAGAGAAAAAUAAAUGACGAAAUGUAGUUGUUUUUUUUUUUUACUUUUGAUGAACAAAAUAUGCUGCAGGCAAAUUUAAUUCUGUAGCUGCUAGACUGCAACCAAGGGCAACUAUUGUCACUUUAGAGUACUGUAUGCUAGAUGUUAGCGCUUACCGGUCCAAUGAAGCAGAGGUCACAGCCUGAUGCUGCUUUAUGUUUGAGUUUGUAAAUUCUUAUUAGCAUGCAAACGCCUUAUGGAAGAAUUGUGUACCUUAACUGUAAUUUCUGUGUGUUUGUGUUUAAAAGCCUUGGGUUACAGUUGUUUACAGUUUUAUGGUACUAUUUAUACCUUUAGAUAACAUUAGCUGUUUCCAGCUGAUAUUGUCCUUUUUAUCAUUUGUUUUUUGGUGUUAGUCAUAGUUUAAUUAUCUUGUAAAUAAAUAUUUUGCUUCCUUUGAAUCGUUGGUUGUAGACUUCUGUUUUUUCUGUUUCCUUUAAAAAAUAAUUAAAGAAAUGACAUUUGCAAGUUCCUCUUUUCGCAACAACUGGA